CUGUGUACGUAACGUUGGGGAGGAAAAAUGACUGAACAGAGAUGUGAUUGUUCCGUUCUGCCUUCGACGCCAGUGAACCCUUGGCGUGCUUCGGCGAGUUAACAGCGAGAAUAAGGACCGCAGUCAGGCUGUCCAGCUAACGGAAUGUCGUCACUAAGAGAAAUGAGUCUCGCAGACGUCGGACGGUGCUAAACGGCUCUCCAACUAAUCGAAAUUAGCCAGCGUGUUGUUUUCUGGGACAGCUUCAGUCUGUCCGCCGUUCAGCGGUCCGCUAGGUGACAGUCGACCUGUUUAUCCGGAGAGCAAACGUCAGGUGUGCAGCAGCCAGUUAGCCGCUUUAUCGGGACCCUCCGGCGGCGGGGACAGCCACGUCAGCUAGCUCUUAUCUCUCCAGUCUGUUACACUGCGAGCAGCUCUGUGCUCUCGGUUUACGCCUGUGGUCUUGUUAUCCAACUAAAACGUACAAGGUAUUUAUUAUUCUGCGACAAUGGCUCCCAUGGGUAUCCGACUGUCACCGCUCGGUGUGGCGGUGUUCUGCCUCCUUGGAGUCGGUGUCAUCUACCACCUGUAUGCGGGAGUCAUCUCCAGCCGCCUGGCUGCUUUCAGCUUGAUAGAGAUGAAAGGGGGAACAGAGAGAGGGGACAAUAUGCUGAAAAUGACCACAAGUUGGAAUCUCUCUACCAGACAGAGGAGAACUGUGGAUCUAAGGGACCUGCUGGCUGUCUCAGUGGAGGCUGCAGAACUAGGUGGCAGAGAGGUGAAGACAGUGCGUGAUGACAACAGCCUGAAGGAGAAGUCAAAGGGCAAGACAAAGGAGGGAGCCAAUGAGCCUCUGACUAUGGGGGACCUGCAGUCUCACAGAAAGAUGUUUAACCUCUUAAAGAAUACCUUCCCUGAAGUCACGGUGUACAGCGAGGAACAUGACAACGUGGUGGACAAGGCAACCUGGAGCCGGGAAAUUCCAGCAGACAUACUCAAAAAUGUAAAGGGGGGCAAUGACGUUCCUGCUGAGAGCAUCACUGUGUGGAUCGACCCUCUCGACGCUACACAGGAAUAUACAGAGAAUCUGGUGAAGUAUGUGACCACAAUGGUAUGUGUGGCUGUAGAUGGUAAACCGGUCAUUGGGGUGAUACACCAGCCCUUCACUGGGUUCACUGCGUGGGCUCUUGUAGGUCAGGGGUCCAAUAUGCAUGCCAGGUCAUCCUACAGUGUCAACCCUCCGAAGGUGAUUGUGUCACGCUCCCACGCUGGGAAAGUGAAAGGUUUCGUUCAGGAUGCUUUUGGAAACGGCACAGCGGUCAUAGGAGCAGGUGGAGCAGGGUAUAAGGUCCUGUCACUUUUGGAGAUGCCUUCAAGUGAAACAGCUCUUAUAGACCAGGCAGAUGUUUACAUGCACAUCACCAUUAUUAAGAAAUGGGAUAUCUGUGCUGGUGCUGCACUACUGAAUGCACUGGGAGGCCAGAUGACAACCCUAAAAGGAGAGGACAUCGACUACAGCGGAACACCAGUCAACAAAGGAGGACUGGUGGCCAGUGUUGGUGUGGACCACAAGGCCUUACUGGAAAAACUACCAAACUGGGACCCUGAAAAGCACUGAGAGACAAACACAGAGCCAUUGCUGGUUUGGUCAGGUUGUGGUGAGGGCAAUAUGUGCCGGCCCUUUUUAUAUAACUAAAUAAUAAAUAAUAAUAGGCCUGCGUGAGACACCAAACAUCUGCCAUCAGAUAGAUUGGAGUCACUGUCACCGGCAUGGGCCACGGAGCAAGACUGUGGAACCAACAUGGCUGCCACUGGAAACUGCAAUGGCUGACAGAAUGGCUCUGAACACACACACUCCUGGACAUGCAUACACACAUGCAGCGAGGAGAUACAGUACAUCGCGCACAAACACACACAAACACACUGACAGUGAACACGGGACUACAGUUGCCCUCCCCGAGUCCCUUCAGAUUCAGAGGACAACAGGGUGACUCUAAUGUCAAAUGUCAAACUAAGGAGCACAAUUCUGAACAUUGCAACACAACCUGAGGAGUGACUGACAACAUCUUUCUAUCAUAUCAAGUCCCAUCUUCAUCACGAUAUUCCAGAGAAAACACAGUUAGUGAACUGACCACCUAUCAUUAUUUGAGGCUGUAAGGCACGAUGAGCCUCUGUGGCAUUUACAAUCAGUGUAAUUUGGGUUUACUGGCCAUUGGAUCGGAUUAGAUCAACAAACCCUCUGUUCACCAGCACCAUUAUGCCACAACAAUUCACUUCUCACUGUCUUCAAAUCUGAGGUGAGCACAGAGAUGGAGCAUUCAACUUUCGAUUGUGUGCAGUGAAUACUAUAAUCAUGGGGGUGUCCGCUCCACUAGAAGGUCAUUACAGUGAUAGAAAAAAUGAUGAACCCCACUACAAAUUCAAUGUUAGUUGAUAAUGUUAGCAUUAGAAAAUAAUCUAAAGUAGUCCAACUUAAAACAGUAGUACAUUUAUUUAUAGACUAUAUUAUUUCCCAAGUCAUGGCAUGACCCAGGGAUCACUUUUACUAAGUUACUAAUUAUGUUGCAGCCAAACAGGCAGAAAAGAAUGUUUCAGUAUAAUUAAAUCAAAAUAAAUGUCCAGUGUGUAACAUUUAGGAGGAUCUACUGCCAGUAAUGAAAAAAAUAUUCAUAGGUAUGUUUUAUUAGUGUAUAAUCAGCUAAAAAUAAGAAUGUUUUUGUUACCUCAGAAUGAGCUGUUUUUAUCUACAGAGGGAGCGGGUCCUCUUCUACAGAGACCGCCAUGUUGAACCACCAUGUUUCAGUAGCCCAGUAAGGGAUGCCUGGACCCUAGAUACCACUAUAUCCUACACACUGGUCCUUUAAAUGGUCAAAGGGAAAAUUGAAGGAAAAGUUUUGUUUCCAUGUUAUCGGCUUUUGUCUGAGACAGAUUUUUGCCUGUUUAAACCUGUUCUCAGGCACUGUGUGGACAUGCCGUGAUUGAUGUUUCCUUUACUUUCCUGUUAUAAGAGGUUACACACAAACAUAGCACAGUAUGUUCGCUGAGCAGUAGGGUUCAAGGGUUGCUGCACAGGUUGCUGGUAGGGAGUGCAAGGACAGAGAUGGAGGAUGAUGGGAAAGUGUUUAAUGAACCUUAUCCCUGAUGAGCAGAGGUUUAAUCUAAUGUUCAAUGGCUUGAAGUUGCCUCUGUUGGUCUUUAUCCUCCUCAACAUUCUGUAAAUGCAUGUCAUUAAGCACCUUCACAGUCUCACCUCUCCAGUACAAACAGUGUCUGUUGCAUUAAGAGUUAAGAGAAGAGAAUCUACUAACAGGUCCCGUGAAACCAGACUAAAGACUGGAUUGCAGUUGGAACAAUGUACAAAAACAAGACCCAUCCGAUAUGUACAGUCUCAUUCAUAACUUUAAAACUGACCGCUCUGCCAAAUGGGCCUACAGAAGAAGAGCAUUUGGGUUUUAAUAGUGUCACAUCACCAAGAAUUAAAUGGAAGUUCAAACAACCAGACCCUGGAAAAUGUCAUGUAGACUGAGUUUAAUAAGUCUGGAAUGAAACUUAACCUGAGCUGGACUGGUGCAUUUCCUCCUCCCUGUUUCAAAAUGGUUUCUGCCACUGAAUAUUGUACUGUAGCCUAUCCUAAUGGAUGCAAAAAUGACCCCCUGGUACUACUCAAAUUCAGUUAAGAGACUGGAGUGUACACUUUUUAAAUACACAUGUACUUGCAUGGUUUUGUAUUUUAAUUAAACUGGACCUCUAAAACAGUGGUUCCCAACCUGGGGGUCGCCAAAACUUCAUGGGGGGGUCACAAGGCCUUCUUAAUUUUGCUAAAAAAAACUUCACAGUAGGCCUUUAUCUCAGUGUUUGGUUCACUUCUGUGAAGCAAAGCAUCAAGGACAAGAAAACACUAAAUUAAGCCUAUUAAGUCUGUAUGAUUGUUAAAGAUAAUAAUACAGACAUAAUUGUUUUAAAAAAACUUCCCUGAACAGGAAAUAAUCUUCCCUGAAUGCAUCCUGAUCACUCUCUUUACACAAACUUCUUGCAGUUACUGAAUUCACUUUCUGGGUUCAUUGUACAGUUUUGAAUAUAAUAUAAAAAAUCCAUAAAACAUGUCACUGAGUCAGGGGUUGUCAGUUUACUAAAUGAUAGAGAAGGUGUCCCUCAAGGAUGAAGGUUGGGAACCACUGCUCUUUAACAUUUCCCCUUCUGAAAAUGUCAGCGUCUCUGCAGACUGCUGUUGGUCUUUCUUUGUGUCAGUCUGUUUAAACUGUCAGCUCAACAGCCAAUAUUUGUAUUGUGUGUUAAAUGGUGGGAAAACCCGAUAAGCAAAAUGCGAGCUCAUGUCAGUGUCUUGGAGAAGAUACACUUACAAAUGACUUGUUUAAUGUCCAGUUUGUCUCAGCAGCCUUUGUAUAAUUGAUAACCUUGUAUAGAUAGAAAAAAAAAUGUGUGUAGAGGUGAAAUGUUUCUACAUGUUCUGCCAGCUCUGGGUGGUGUAGGGAUCGCUUUAAAAAGGGGACAGCUUGACUCAAGGAAGCAACAGAGGACAGCUUUCAGUCUCUGUUACACCUAUUACAGGUUAGGGGUUCAUGUGCUAAAUGUCAGUUAUAUGACUUGAGUGCCUUUGAUCUGCACAAGACAACAUUGUCCCAGGAUGACGCUGUUAGCCACAGCACUCAGUAUGUUUCUGCGGAUGUUGCUAUGGUAAUGAUGGGGGUUUAUAUGCAAGGGUAAUGUGGCAAUAGCAAUUUAAAUGGCAUCACAGUGACUUGGAAAUCACAUUGGUACUAUGUUACGUUUGGGUGGACACAUGAAUAUUGUAUCCUCCCUUACACUUGGAUUGUGCUCAUUGUUUACUGUGUGAAAGAACUAGUUUAGUGAAUAAGAGAUAAUGAUUAAAGGGGAACUCAUUUUACACAUUGAAGCCUGUUUACACGUGUUGGGGAGUACUACUGCAGAGGGACAAAUUGACUCAAGUGUCCUCACUAGUGUCACAGCUACUAGUUCCUUAAGGAUCACUCAAGCCUUCAGCAACACAAGCCAACAUGGCUGCCACUGUCAGUUACCAUCUCCUGUCAGUGGAGAAACUAGCAGCGGUGUGAGUUGUUGGAAAGGGGGUCAUUCCUGUGUUCCCCAGUUCUAGGGUUAGGUUUAGGGAACUUAGGACCCUGGGAACAUAGAUAUGCUUCCGUCCUCAGGUACAGAUAUGACUUGUUCCAGGUCAGCAUUCAACUGCAAGGCUUCAGUCCAAAACUGUGUUAAUGUCCAUAAACAUUUGGAGAUUGAAAUACUUGAAGGUGAUCUUUUCCAUUUUCUACCAAUUUCUGAUUUAGUUUUUUCUGCAUGCUUAAGGUACUCUCCCUACCUCUCUUAACUGAUUUGUUUCUGGUUCAACCCACGGUGACAAAAGAAAAUCAAUUGUAGGCUUUCAAAUCAACUGAGGUGUAAAAAAAAGUCCAGCAGCCACUUUGGUAAAUGUUUUUAAUACUGUGUGGACAAUGUCUUCCGUUGGUCUCUGUGUGUUGAGAGAGAGAGGGUAAUGGCUGAAAUGGCCGACAUGAAAAGCAGUUGUGUGGUUAAAGUGGCUCCUCUAUCGGCCUCUAACCACUGAUACAUGGCAGCAGCAUGCAAAGGCAAUAAGGACGGGCAAUAAUCUUCAGUUUGGCAGUGCAAUGGCGGUUAUAUAGGUUAUCCUGCCAUGUACCGUGCUGUUAUAUGGCUGUUCUGUGUGGGUUGACGGGUUACUGCGUGCGAACUGGCUGUGUUUGAUAACCAGGUUGUUGGGCAGCUUCUUUCUCAUCCUACUUCUGCUGUGAAUUUCCAAUAAAACAUCAGUGUGCAUGAUGGUA